UUUCGAUGACUUUUUAGAGGUAUUUUGCGUUGGGGAAAACGUCAUUUUAUUUGAGCUCAACAAAAAUAUUCGCUGGGCUGGGCGUCGCCGCAAUUUUUCUUUUGUUGUGCCUCUUCCCAGCUCUUUUCCUUUUGCAUGGAAAUGGAAAUAAUUAUUAAUGGAACUCGUAUGCACCCACCGUCUAUUUGUCCCUACUUGUCUAUCUGUUCUCUGUUUUGGCGGGAGCUGCGAGGGAUCAAUUAAUAUUUAUUAUUGCUCGUUGCUGGGGCUUGGAAUUUGCGCGGGUGGAAGUUUGGGUGAAGCUGUUGCUAGCCCGAAUAGGGAAGGUUGCCUUCAAGGGGCGAAGAGGAUAGUUCGAAACUUGCCUAAUUGGGCUUUGGCUUGUAUUUGGAUUUGGAUGGGGGAACACUGAAUACAAGUUGCCAAUACGAAUAAUACAAGGAACAAAUACAUUGGGACUGAUUUAUAGAACAGCUUUCUGUGUAGCUGUAGACUCAUGGAUGGUGUAUGGUAUGCAAAGAUCAUCCGAUGUCACGGAGCAGAUUUUCACUUCAUAGGCACUUGCAGUGUAUAAUUCUCCCGCUGAAUCUUUGGAUGUUAAAGCUUGAAACAACCUGGUAUUGUUUGUUCUGCCGCAACCCAAUUUCUGGGUUAUCGAUAAGAGCCAAAAGUACUCCGUAUCCUACCUACCUCAGAGAUCGCCUUGAAUACCAGCCCAAUACCAAUCUUACGAGACAUGACAUGUUGAACCUUUCCCUGUUCGUUGGCUUCAACUUACUUCUUUUUUUCUCUAACCGCUGUCCUUUUGGCCUUUCUCCUUCAACUUCAAACUUCACUCUUCACUCUUCACUCUUCACUCUCCAUUCUUCUUCCGCGUGAGAAAUUCAUUUGAUCCUGCCUGUUAAUUCCUCCUUAAUUUGCUCUCUCGUCUCUCCUUCAUUCGUUGAGAGACGUUUUUCGCACUCCUCCCAUCUUUCUCCCCUAAUCUCCGAAGAAGCUCGUUCUCUACUCGGUUGUCUCGUCCAUGCGCGCUGGAAGGGAUCAGGCGUUGAAUUGCUAGGCCGUGUUGGAUUUCUUUUCUUUCCGUUUUAAUUUUCUAAAUAUAUCAGCCUCCAUAAAACGCUUUUACAGUCGACAAACCCUUCAAAAAGGAAAAAGAAAAGAGUGUGACCGGGGAUCGACAACCUCCCCCCAAAUCGAUCCACGUGCUUUUGUUUACCCGCCCUUGUCGAAACGCACGAAGACCUCCGUCGCGUUUUCCAUCUGUUUCAUGAAUAGCUGGAAAUAAUAUAUUAUUUACGCCGUCAUCAUGGGGGUCUCAAACGGAUCGUCCAGCGUCAAUGGCUUUGGGAGCGCAUUCGCAGCCAAACAUAACCUGCCACCACACUUUAUCGGAGGCAAUCGUCUCGAUCUGGCACCCCCCGGAAAAGUGAAGGAUUUCGUUGCAAAGAACGAUGGACACUCAGUUAUUACUUCGGUCCUCAUUGCGAAUAAUGGCAUUGCUGCCGUCAAAGAAAUUCGAGAUGUACGAAAAUGGGCCUACAAUACGUUUGGAGACGAAAGAGCGAUUCAAUUUACGGUCAUGGCCACACCGGAGGAUUUAAGAGCAAAUGCAGACUAUAUUCGAAUGGCUGACCAAUAUGUUGAGGUUCCUGGAGGCACGAAUAACAACAAUUAUGCCAAUGUUGAGCUGAUCGUGGAUGUUGCAGAACGUAUGGGCGUCCACGCAGUUUGGGCAGGAUGGGGCCACGCUUCAGAAAACCCAAAACUGCCUGAAUCGCUUGCGGCAUCUCCCAAAAAGAUUAUUUUUAUUGGCCCUCCUGGUUCUGCGAUGCGCUCCCUCGGAGAUAAAAUUUCUUCGACGAUUGUUGCCCAGCACGCGGGGGUUCCUUGUAUCCCUUGGUCUGGAGAGGGUGUUGAUGAAGUUACAGUCGAUGUAAACGGGAUCGUGACUGUUGAACCACACAUUUAUGAAAAAGGCUGCACCCAUUCUCCGCAAGAAGGGUUGGAGAAAGCUCGGGCGAUUGGUUUCCCGGUCAUGGUCAAGGCCUCGGAAGGUGGUGGUGGAAAGGGUAUUCGAAAGGUCGAGAGAGAAGAGGAUUUCAUCAAUAUGUAUAAUGCCGCCGCCAGCGAGAUUCCUGGGUCACCGAUUUUCGUCAUGAAACUCGCAGGCAAUGCGAGACAUUUGGAAGUUCAGCUACUAGCAGAUCAGUAUGGUAACAACAUUUCCCUUUUUGGUCGGGAUUGUUCAGUCCAGCGACGACAUCAGAAAAUUAUUGAGGAGGCUCCUGUCACGAUUGCGAAACAAGAGACCUUCCAGGCAAUGGAACAAGCAGCCGUGAGACUCGGAAAGCUAGUUGGCUACGUUUCCGCCGGAACUGUCGAAUAUCUCUACUCCCAUGCGGAAGACAAGUUCUAUUUCCUCGAGCUAAAUCCCCGUCUCCAAGUCGAGCAUCCCACAACCGAAAUGGUCUCAGGAGUGAAUCUUCCCGCCGCACAGCUCCAGAUUGCCAUGGGAAUUCCCUUGCAUCGUAUUCGUGAUAUUCGUCUCUUGUAUGGCGUGGACCCUAACACCAGCUCCGAAAUUGACUUCCAUUUCACGAAUGAAGAAAGCACGAAAAUUCAACGUCGACCGAAACCUAAGGGUCACACCACUGCUUGUCGUAUUACCUCAGAGGAUCCCGGCGAAGGUUUCAAACCAUCCAGCGGUACAAUGCACGAGCUCAACUUCCGAAGUAGCUCAAAUGUCUGGGGUUACUUCUCUGUCGGCACCGCUGGUGGGAUCCAUAGUUUCUCCGAUUCUCAAUUUGGCCAUAUCUUUGCCUACGGCGAAAAUCGCUCUGCUUCACGCAAGCACAUGGUCGUCGCAUUGAAGGAAUUGAGCAUUCGCGGUGAUUUCCGGACCACCGUUGAGUAUCUCAUCAAGCUACUUGAGACUCCCGCCUUCGAGGACAAUACCAUCACCACUGGCUGGUUGGAUCAGUUGAUUUCGAAUAAACUUACAGCUGAGCGUCCCGACCCAAUGGUCGCUGUUAUCUGUGGAGCCGUUACCAGAGCUCAUCUCUCGAGUGAGUCGUGUAUCGCGGAAUAUCGGAAGGGUCUUGAGAAGGGUCAAGUACCUUCAAAAGAUGUCCUGAGAACAGUUUUCCCCAUUGAUUUUAUUUACGAAGGAUACCGAUACAAAUUCACUGCUACUAGAUCAAGCGACGAUAGCUAUCAUCUGUUUAUUAACGGGUCCAAAUGUUCUGUUGGUGUUCGGGCUCUAGCUGAUGGAGGAUUGCUCGUGCUCUUGAAUGGACGAAGCCAUAAUGUUUACUGGAAGGAGGAAGCGGCUGCGACCCGAUUGAGUGUUGAUGGCAAGACAUGUCUGCUUGAAGAAGAAAACGACCCUACGCAACUUCGUACCCCUAGUCCAGGCAAGCUUGUGAAAUAUACUGUGGAAAACGGAGAACAUGUUCGAGCUGGACAGCCAUUCGCUGAGGUCGAAGUCAUGAAAAUGUAUAUGCCCCUCAUCGCGCAGGAGGAUGGUAUCGUGCAACUCAUCAAACAGCCUGGGUCUACACUCGAAGCUGGGGAUAUCUUGGGUAUUCUCGCGUUGGAUGACCCUUCAAGAGUGAAACAUGCUCAGCCUUUCCUCGGGCAACUACCAGAGCUAGGUCCUCCUCAAGUUGUCGGCACCAAGCCACCACAGCGCUUCGGCCUACUCCACAACAUUCUGCUUGAUAUUCUUCGUGGGUUCGAUAACCAGGUCAUCAUGGGAGCCACCUUGAAAGAGUUGGUCGAAGUGCUGAGGAACCCCGAACUACCGUAUGGAGAGUGGAACGCCCAAGUGUCCGCCCUGCAUUCUCGCAUGCCACAGAAGCUUGACUCCCUCCUCACGCAGGUCGUUGAUAGAGCCAAGUCACGAAAGGCGGAGUUCCCAGCCAACCAAUUGAUGAAGACACUUACCCGCUUCAUUGAUGACAAUGUGAGCCCUGCCGAUGCCGAUAUUCUGCAGACAAGCCUCCUACCCCUCGUGGAUGUCAUCCGACGAUAUAGUGAGGGUCUGAAAGUUCACGAAUACAAAGUCUUCAUAGGAAUUCUUCAACAGUAUUGGGAAGUGGAGCACCUUUUCACAGGACGAAAUAUGCGAGACGAGGAUGUGAUCCUUAAACUAAGAGAAGAGAACAAAGAUGACAUCGACGGCGUCAUCCAAACCGUCUUAUCUCACAGCAAAGUCGGAGCCAAGAACAACUUGCUGCUCGCGAUUUUAGAUAUGUAUCGUCCAAAUAAACCAAACGCCGGCAACGUCGGGAAGUAUUUAAAACCCAUUCUGAAAAAACUAGCAGAACUGGAAUCUCGAGCUACUUCCAAAGUGGCAUUGAAAGCUCGCGAGGUUCUUAUCCAGUGCGCAUUGCCGUCUCUUGAAGAGAGAGUUGCUCAGAUGGAGCAUAUUUUACGCUCCUCAGUUGUGGAAUCCAAAUACGGAGAGACAGGGUGGGACCAUAGAGAACCUGACCUAAGCGUCUUGAAGGAAGUGGUUGACUCCAAGUACACCGUCUUCGACGUGCUUCCUCUUUUCUUUGGACAUCAGGAUCAAUGGGUAUCGCUGGCGGCGCUCGAGGUGUAUGUCCGCAGAGCUUAUCGGGCAUACUCACUGAAGGGAAUCGAAUACCACAACCAACAGGAGAGUCCAUUCUUUAUUUCGUGGGAUUUCAUCCUCGGGAAGACUGGCCACUCUGAGUUUGGAAUGGCAGCCGCUUCAACCCACCCAUCCACCCCAACCACUCCCACCACGGAAAGCAAUCCAUUCAAGAAAAUUAGCUCCAUUAGCGAUAUGUCGUACUUGGUCAACAAGGGGGUCAAUGAACCAAUGAGGAAAGGUGUCAUUAUUCCAGUCAAUUAUCUUGAUGAUGCCGAAGAAAUGCUCUCCAGGGCGCUGGAGGUCUUCCCUCGCUCAGAGCCACAGAAAAACAACGGAAACUCUCUCGGUUCCAAUUUGGCAGCAUUACGCAAACCACCUCGCCCUGAAACUGUCGAUGAGCUUACUGGAGUCUGCAACGUUGCUAUACGCGAUAUCGAGGACCUGGAUGAUACGGAGAUGGUCGCGCGCAUUACUAAACUUGUCUCCGAACUUAAGGAAGAGUUACUCGCUCGCCGAGUGAGAAGACUUACCUUUAUUUGUGGACACAAGGAUGGAACUUACCCCGGUUACUUCACGUUUAGAGGGCCUUCUUACGACGAAGACGAGAGUAUUCGCCAUAGUGAACCCGCCCUUGCAUUCCAGCUUGAAUUGGGAAGACUCUCCAAGUUCAAAAUCAAGCCCGUCUUUACAGAAAACCGAAAUAUCCACGUUUACGAAGCGAUUGGGAAAGGGCCAGAGAGCGACAAGGCUGUUGAUAAACGAUAUUUCACACGUGCUGUUGUUCGACCUGGGCGUCUGCGGGAUGAUAUACCCACGGCGGAGUAUCUCAUCUCUGAGGCCGAUAACUUGAUGAAUGAUAUCCUUGACGCGCUUGAAAUUAUUGGCAACAAUAACUCCGACUUGAACCAUAUUUUUAUCAACUUCACGCCCGUUUUCCCGCUUGAACCCGCUGAUGUUGAAAGAGCACUGGCAGGCUUCCUGGAACGCUUCGGUCGACGACUCUGGCGCCUUCGCGUGACCGGGGCUGAAAUUCGUAUCCUCUGUACGGAACCCACGACUGGCAUGGCCUAUCCCCUCCGUGUUGUCAUCAACAACACUUCCGGAUAUAUCAUCCAGGUUGAAAUGUAUGCUGAGCGGAAAUCCGAGAAGGGAGAAUGGAUAUUCCAUAGUAUCGGUGGCACCACUAAGAUCGGGUCCAUGCAUCUUCGUCCGGUAUCCACGCCUUAUCCUACAAAAGAAUGGCUGCAACCAAAGCGGUACAAGGCCCAUUUGAUGGGAACCCAAUAUGUAUACGACUUCCCCGAGCUUUUCAGACAAGCUUUCCAGAAUUGCUGGGUCAAGGCCGUUGGGGAGCACUCAUCGCUUGCCGACAAACGACCGGCUGUAGGCGACUGCAUUGAUUACGCUGAGCUCGUGCUUGACGAUACUGAUAACUUGAUCGAAGUGGUUCGCGAGCCGGGAACAAACACGCAUGGAAUGGUUGGUUGGAUGAUCACUGCCAGAACACCCGAGUACCCACGAGGUAGGCGCUUCAUCAUUAUCGCCAACGAUAUCACCUUCCAAAUUGGAUCGUUCGGGCCUCAAGAAGACAAAUUCUUCCACAAGUGCACGGAACUUGCGAGGAAGCUAGGAAUUCCACGGAUCUAUCUUUCUGCUAACUCCGGUGCUCGCAUCGGAAUGGCAGAGGAACUGAUGCGUCAUUUCUCGGUUGCAUGGAAUGAUCCCAAGCGGCCGGACGCUGGCUUCAAAUAUCUUUAUCUUACUCCAGAGGUCAAGAAGCGAUUUGACGAGAGGAAGACUAAGGAUGUCAUAACGGAGCUGGUCACGGAAGACGGUGAGGAAAGACAUAUGAUCACCACUAUCAUCGGCGCAGAAGAUGGCCUGGGUGUCGAGUGUCUGAGAGGUUCCGGCCUUAUUGCAGGCGCGACGUCCAAGGCUUACGAGGACAUCUUCACUAUCACGCUUGUGACCUGUCGCUCCGUUGGAAUUGGUGCUUACCUCGUUCGCCUAGGCCAAAGAGCGAUUCAAGUUGAAGGACAGCCAAUUAUCCUGACUGGAGCUCCUGCCAUUAACAAGCUACUUGGACGAGAAGUCUAUACAUCUAACUUGCAGCUGGGUGGAACACAGAUCAUGUACAAGAACGGUGUUUCCCAUAUGACGGCCAAUGAUGACUUUGAAGGCGUACAGAAGAUUGUCCAAUGGAUGUCGUUCAUCCCUGACAAGAAGAAUUCGCCCGUCCCUAUCCGACCAUAUUCGGACACAUGGGAUCGAGAUAUCGGUUAUUAUCCUCCCGCUAAGCAAACUUAUGACGUGAGAUGGCUUAUCGCUGGUAAGCAUGAUGAUGAGGGUUUCCUACCUGGCAUGUUCGACAAAGAUUCCUUUCAGGAAGCACUCGGGGGGUGGGCCAGGACUGUGGUUGUUGGACGCGCUAGGCUCGGUGGUAUCCCCAUGGGUGUCAUCGCAGUCGAGACCCGCUCCGUCGACACUGUCACGCCCGCUGAUCCUGCGAAUCCGGACUCGAUGGAGCUGAUUUCCACAGAGGCAGGUGGAGUUUGGUAUCCAAAUUCUGCUUUCAAAACCGCCCAAGCUCUCAAGGAUUUCAACUUUGGCGAACAACUGCCGGUCAUGAUCCUUGCCAACUGGCGAGGUUUCUCUGGCGGCCAACGCGACAUGUACAAUGAGGUUCUUAAGUAUGGUUCUUACAUCGUCGAUGCUCUUGUCAAAUACGAGCAACCUAUUUUCGUUUACAUCCCGCCACUCGGAGAACUACGCGGUGGCUCAUGGGUUGUGAUCGAUCCUACUAUCAACCCAGAACAGAUGGAGAUGUACGCUGAUGAGGAAUCUCGCGGUGGUGUUCUUGAACCUGAGGGUAUUGUCAACAUCAAAUACCGCAAAGACAAACAGCUGGAUACCAUGGCCCGUUUGGACCCGGAAUAUAGCGAGCUCAGAAAGGCCCUCAGCGACAAAUCCCUGCCUGCAGACCAACUGUCCAAGAUCAAAGCCAAGAUGACCGAAAGAGAAGAACAACUUCUCCCAGUCUAUAUGCAGAUUGCUCUGCAAUUUGCCGAUCUUCACGACCGCGCCGGCCGUAUGGAGGCAAAGGGAACCAUCCGUCAAGCUCUCCAGUGGAAGAACGCGAGAAGAUUCUUCUACUGGCGUCUCCGCCGCCGUCUCAGCGAGGAGCUCGUCCUAAAGCGCAUGGCGGCAACCGCCCCCCCCACCGGCAUGCGCAAUGGCGCUAUCCCAACCACCAGCCCCUCAUCUUCCCCUAGACCCGCUCCACCAACAACCCGCGAAAUCAAUCUCAACACGCUGAAGUCGUGGACUGGAAUGUUGGAUCGGGAGUUCGAUUUCAACGACCGAAAGGUUGCGCUGUGGUACGAAGAGAAUAAAAAGAAGGUCCUGGAGAAAGUCGAGGAGAUGAAGACGGAGGGUGUCGCAAUUGAAGUUGCACAGUUGCUCAUGGGUAAUAAGGAUGGUGGUCUGAAGGGUGUGCAGCAGGUGUUGAGCAUGCUUCCUGUGGAGGAGAGGGAGGCUGUGCUAAAAUACUUGGGGUCGUCAUAGGAAGAGUGAAAUGAGCAUGGUUGGGUUGGGUUGAGUGUGAAAUGAGCCAUGCUGCUUUUUUUGGGUGUGUUUUGAUUUAUGCAUGUUGUGAUAGAUGGAGGGGCGGCUUUGGCGAAGCAUAUGCGUAUUAUAUUUUUCUUUCUCAGUAAUAGUCAUAGGAUGUGGGAGUGUGUGGUUGUGUUUUUUCUUUCUUUUUUUGUCUUUCUUUUUUUUUCGAUAUUUUUGCAAUUUGGCUUUUAUUACAUUGUUUAGUUUGCUUCUCAUCACCUCAUUUCAUAGCUUCGCUGAUUGCUUUCCUUCGAUCUUCGUUUGUCUGCUUUUACUUUUACUUUGGUUUCGCUUCCCUAUAAAAUCAGCAGGGCAGCCCCCUCCCUAGAUGUUUCCCUGCUUUUUACUCUUUAUUUCUUGUAUUUUCUAGGACUAGAUUUCUGGUUUUCCAGUAUUUACACAUACAUAAUUCGAUAAUGUUUAUAUUUCUAGGAACUUUGAUUCAUUUUGAUGGGUUGACCCUCUAAUCUCAUGAUCUGAUAGGCCUCGGAUAGAAUCUAGACGGUGUGGGGUGGGUGUUUGAACGCUAGAGGAAAAUAUGUUUGCUCAUUCUCGUGAAUAGAAUGGUAAGAUAAAAGUAGAUAUGCAUGUUGCCUGGCCAUAAGACGGUUAAGCUGAAUAUGCAUAUAUAUAUGAAGACUGAAAGCAACAAGAUGUUAUAAUAUUACACUAAUUUGUUU